UGGUGAUGAUGGUGAUGGUGAUGAAGAUAAUGACAACAGUCAGUUCACCCUCCCUCCAGCAGGCGGAGACCUGCUCACCUCAAACACUACAGGAACGGAGCUCUGCGCAUGCGCACCGGAUGUAAACAGAGCAUCGUGGCCGCGAGGAGAAAUCAGCUCUAAUUAAUAAAAUCAGCUGAUAUCUGAUCCGACCUGUGACGUCAUCUUUGUGACGCAGAACGUCCGUGUGUCCGUGUGAUGACGUAACAUAGCAAAAUGGAGUUUGUGAAGAAACGACUGAGCGAGUUUUCUCUGGAGGCUCAUGAGCUGUACCUGAACCAAUCAAUGCCUUACCUGGAGAAGCCACCUGACCCGCUGCAGUUCUACCGCGACUGGAUUGGUCCAAACAAGCCCUGCAUCAUUCGUAACGCCUUCAACCAUUGGCCGGCUCUGUCCAGGUGGACCCCAGAAUACCUCAGGGAGAAGGUGGGGUCAAAGGUCAUCAGUGUGGCGGUGACACCCAACGGCUACGCGGACGCUGUCAGCGGCGAUCGCUUCGUGAUGCCCGAGGAGCGCCGGAUGAGUUUCAACGAAGUACUCGACGUCAUCGAGGGGAAGGUGCAGCAGCGUGGCGUCCUGUACGUUCAGCGUCAGUGUUCGAAUCUCCUCGACGAGCUGCCGGAGCUCACUGAUGACGUCGAGCCGCAUGUUUCCUGGAUGAGCGCCGCCCUCGGAAAGUCUCCAGAUGCUGUUAACUUUUGGCUUGGAGAGGAGAGCGCCAUAACGUCCAUGCACAAAGAUCACUAUGAGAAUUUGUACUGUGUGAUUUCUGGAGAGAAAAACUUCAUCCUGCUGCCGCCCACAGACCGACCUUUUAUCCCCUACGGUCUGUAUCAACCAGCUGUUUACCGUCAGCGGGACGACGGUGAGUUUGAGGUCGCCGAUCAGAGCGGCUCUGAGAAGGUCCCGUGGAUCCCUCUGGACCCUCUAGACCCAGACCUGGACCGGUACCCGCAGUACCAGAGAGCUCGGCCCCUCCGAUGCAGUGUUAAGGCGGGAGAGAUGCUGUACCUGCCGUCACUGUGGUUCCACCACGUCCAGCAGUCACAUGGCUGCAUCGCAGUGAACUUCUGGUACGACAUGGAGUACGACAUCAAAUACAACUACUACCAGCUGCUGGAGACACUGUGUGAGGUCAGAGGGUCCACGUGACAUCACAGCAGCUGUGUGAGGUCAGAGUGUUUCUCUAGUGUUUCUGGGUAAAUAAAGUGAAGGAACUGAAA